AUGAAAGGAAGUAAUCCUGGUUUUUUUGAAAAUGAUGGUGGAACCUCGGAGCAUGGCUCAAUAUCUAAAGAUCAACUUUUUAAUAGUCAUACAGCUGAAUUUAUUAGAAAAAGACUGAGUAUAUAUCCUGAUAUAUCUGAAGAUGAAGAAAAGAAAAUCAUUCGAAAAGUUGAUUUUAUUCUUGUUCCAAUGCUAUUUUUCACAGCCACUAUGGGGGCAGUAGAUAAGGUUUCAUUAUCGACUGCUGCUAUAUAUGGAUUUAAAGAAGAUAAUAAUUUAGUUGGUCAACAAUAUUCCUGGUUAGGAUCGAUUUUAUUUAUUGGAUCCUUAGUAGGAAUGUGGCCAAUGUCAUACAUAUUACUGAAAUAUCCCUUAGGGAAAGUAUUAGCAAGUGCAUCUCUUGGUUGGAGUUCAUUCACACUAUUAUUAUGUGCAUGUAAUGGAUUUGCAGGGUUAGCUACGUUAAGAUUCUUAAUGGGAUUCCUUGAAUGUGCCAUUGUACCUGGUUGUACAUUGGCUGCAGGUAGAUUUUACAAAAAGAAAGAACAAGGUUUAAGAUUAGCCAUUAUAUUUGCAUUUGCAUCUUCAGUAAUUAAUGGAUUUUUAUCUUGGUUAGUCGGAUAUUUUAAGCAUGGAGCACUUCCAGAAUGGAAAUAUUUAUAUUUAUUAGUGGGGUCUAUUUCAUUUUUAUGGAGUUGUUUAAUGUUAUAUUUUUUACCUGAUUCUCCUAUGAAUGCUAAAUUUUUGACUGAUAGAGAAAAGUAUUAUGUGGUUAGAAGAUCCUUACUUAAUAGUACUAGUGUUGAAACUAAUGAUUGGAAAUGGUAUCAAGCCAAAGAGGCAGUUUUAGAUAUUAAAGCAUAUUUAAUCUUUUUGUUUAAUGUUUGUAUUAAUAUUCCCAAUGGUGGUUUGUCAACCUUUUCUGCCAUCAUUAUUACCAAUUUGAAUUUUGAUCCUAUGAGAGCAUCUUUAAUGGGUAUUCCAACUGGAGUAAUUGCUACUCUAGCUACUAUUUUUUUCACUUGGCUUUGUUCAAGAUUUGAAAACAGACGUUGUUUAAUUGCAAUAAUCUCAUUAUUGAUUCCUAUAAUUGGAGCUGGUAUCGUUUAUGGAGUCGAUAGAUCUAAAGUGGGACCUCAAUUACUUGGACUUUACCUUUUAUACUUUUACUUUGCUCCCUAUGUGGUACUAAUUUCUUUGGCACAAGCCAAUACAGCUGGAAACACUAAGAAAUCAAUUACUUAUUCAAUCAAUUACUUAGGUUAUUGUGUGGGAGCAUUGAUUGGACCUCAAACUUUUAGAGCUAACCAAUCUCCCAAGUACACAGGAGGGUUCAUUGCGAUGUUAGUGGCGUUAUGUUUAUGUAUAUUCUUUUCGGGGUUAUAUUGGUUGGUAUGUAUUUGGGAAAAUAGAAAUAAGGAUCUUAAAUAUAAUGGUAAAAUAUUCCUUGAGGAGGAUGGAAAUGUUGAAAAGGCAUCAGAUGAUCAUAUUUUUGAAGAUGAAAGUUUAUUUGAUUUAACUGAUAAAGAGCAAAAACAUUUUAGAUAUACUACAUAA